AUGUCUGUUACUCUAAUAAAAACUUCUUUAAUCGUAUAUGAUUAUGAAAAAAAUGAACAUGAACUUCAAAUUAUUGAAGGAUGUAAAAAAUAUAUGAAAGAAAUUAUAGAGAUCUUGGAAAAUACAAAAGGAGUUGUUUUUGAUAAAAAUUAUGAUGUUAAAUCUAUCGAUAAUGAUAGAGAUAAAGAUAUUAUUGUAUUUUAUGAAAAUUUUAAAAUUAUCAUUCGUUAUAAAUAUAGAAACUUAAAAAAUAUAGGAUAUAAUGAAAUUGGUGAUUUUAAUUUACUUAUAAACACAUAUCAUAAUGAUCAUAUUGGUGUUAUGGUCACAAAUAAGAAUUAUUCUAAAAAUGCAAAAACAGAAGCAAAAA